GCAAGAGUUCUGAACUGUUAACAACAGCUCUCAUACCCUGCGACAAACCGAACCUUGCCUGGCCCGUUUAAUCUUAAACCCUAACUCUAGUCUCAUCCCGACCAUCAUCUUCGCAAUCUUCCCAACAUCUCCGCUACUGCAAUCGACCAUGCCAGGCGCAGAAGGAGGUCCACCGGAGGUAACUCUCGAAACAUCCAUGGGCUCUUUCACCGUUGAGAUGUACGAUAAGCACGCACCUAGGACUUGCAAAAACUUCAUUGAACUGUCUCGAAGGGGCUACUACAACAACGUUAAGUUUCACAGAAUCAUUAAGGAUUUUAUUGUUCAAGGAGGUGAUCCCACUGGCACUGGUAGAGGUGGAGAAUCUAUUUACGGUUCAAAGUUUGAGGAUGAGAUCACCCCAAAGUUGAAGCAUACGGGAGCUGGUAUCUUAUCUAUGGCUAAUGCUGGUCCGAAUACAAAUGGAAGUCAGUUCUUUAUCACAUUGGCCCCAGCGCAAUCGCUUGAUGGAAAGCACACGAUAUUUGGAAGAGUGUGCAGAGGAAUGGAGAUUGUCAAGAGACUUGGUAGUGUUCAGACUGAUAAUACCGACAGGCCAAUUCAUGACGUGAAGAUACUACGGACAGCAGUUAAGGAUUGACUGGUUCGACAAUAGUCACUGACGUAAAUGCAAAACAGUCUAUUUGCUAUUAUGAGUGAUUCCAUGAAUGUAAUUGAAGGUUGCAUACUAGUGCCAUUUUAACAUGGACUGAAAGUAUUGGUAUCUUGUAAUGUGAUAUUACUACAAAAUGACUAUUUGCUAUUUUGCUAUCUGAUAUUACAACAAACUGACUAUUUGCUUCC